CGGAAAGACGACCCCAGGGUGCUGGUAGAGCCGCACGUGCGCCCUGGGCUGCAGAGCACUUGAGCCACGGCCGGCGGCAAUGAGAAAGCGGGUUCUCCUGAGGAUGAGGGAGCCUCGCCCCUGGGGGAGAUGCGUGGGGACAAUGCUCACUUCCUUCUUUCUCCUGGGCUGCCGGGGACUGUCCGGUUUCCAGCAGCAAUUUCUCCAAGCUUUGGAGCCAGAGGAAGUGACUUCUUAUUUUGGCCCUGAUGCUACCUUAAAAGUGCCGCAAUUCGACGUGGCCCCGCUCACCUGCAUCUGUGAGGAGGGGCCCUCGGGGCCUCCCUGCAGGGCCCCCAGCUGCUCCCUACGCGCCCUGGGACAGCUCUUUGCCAUCUCCUUCCCGCUGGAGCGGAGCCUCCUCGCCACCUCCUUCACCAGUGAGCUCGUGCUGAAUGCCUCCCUCCGGCUCCUGAGGCGGCCGCCCCGUCUCUGCUUCACCGGAGGCCGCCCCCUCCUACCCCUGGGCGCGGUGGCCAGGGUCACCUAUUGCUCGGGCCACUUGGAGGGCGACAUCCUGGUGGGUGCGGACAGGUUUCACGUCCGGCCGGUGCAGAGGCGGCACUGGGCGCUGCUGCCUCCUUGGGUUCGUGUGCGGCCCCACCUGAUCCACAGGCCUGUCCCCCAGGCCCCCACAGUCCCUGAGGCCCCCCAGGUCAUCCGAGAACCUUCACCCUCAGCCCCGCCCCCUCCCUCCCCAGGCCGUCCCCCUUCCCCUGGCCGCCUCCGGAGAUGGUCUGCCGACAGGGUCCUGCACCUGGAGCUGCUGGUGGCCGUGGGCCCCGACGUCUACCAGGCUCACAAGGAGGACACUGAGCGCUAUGUGCUCACGAACCUCAACAUGGGGUCGGAGCUGCUGAGGGACCCAUCCCUGGGGGCUCAGUUCCGAGUGCAUCUGGUCAAGAUGGUCAUCCUGACCCAGCCCGAGGAGGCUCCAAAUAUCACAGCCAACCUCACGGCCUCACUGCUGAGCGUCUGCGAGUGGAGCAGGACCCUCCGCGCCGAGGACGCUGCGGACCCCGGCCAUGCCGACCUGGCCCUCUACAUCACCAGAUUUGACCUGGAGCUGCCUGACGGGAACCGGCAGGUUCGGGGGGUCACCCAGCUUGGGGGUGUCUGCUCCCCGUCCUGGAGCUGCCUCAUCACUGAGGAUACCGGCUUUGACCUGGGGGUCACCAUUGCCCACGAGAUUGGGCACAGCUUGGGCUUGGAACACGACGGCGAGCCCGGGAGCGGCUGCGGGCCCAGUGGCCACGUGAUGGCGUCGCAGGACGGGGCGCCCGCUAGGGGUGACCUCUCGUGGUCCGCGUGCAGCCGUCAGCAACUGCUGCGCCUGCUCAGCGCAGGACGGGCGCGCUGCCUGUGGGACCCGCCGGGGCCGCAGGCCGGGGCCGCGGGGAGCCCUCCCCCGGCGCAGCCCGGCCUCCACUACGGCGCCGACGAGCAGUGCCGCGUCGCCUUCGGCCCCGCCGCGGUGGCCUGCACCUUCUCCAGGGAGCACCUCGACAUGUGCCAGGCCCUCUCCUGCCACAAGGACCCCCUGGACCAAAAUACCUGUAGCCGCCUCUUGAUCCCCCUCCUGGAUGGGACAGAGUGUGGGGUGCAGAAGUGGUGCUCCAAAGGUCACUGCCGCUCCCUGGCGGAGCUGAGCCCCGUGGGGGUGGUGCAUGGGCACUGGUCUAGCUGGGGUCCCCCCAGUCCCUGCUCCCGCUCCUGCGGGGGAGGCGUGGUCACCAGGAGGCGGCAGUGCAGCAACCCCAGGCCUGCCUAUGGAGGGCGUGCGUGUGUGGGCGCUGACCUCCAGGCGGAGACGUGCAACACCCAGGCCUGUGAGAAGACCCAGCUGGAGUUCAUGUCCGAGCAGUGCUCGCAGACUGACAGGAAACCGCUCCACCUCUCCCCAGGCAAUGCCUCCUUCUACCGCUGGGGCUCCGCCGAGCAGUACAGUCAAGGGGACGCUCUGUGCAGACACAUGUGCCGAGCCAUCGGCGAGACCUUCAUUGUGAGGCGUGGGGACAGUUUCCUGGAUGGGACCCGGUGUGUGCCACAUGGCCGGCGGGAGGACGGGACCCUGAGCCUGUGCGUGUCGGGCAGCUGCAGGACGUUCGGCUGUGACGGCAGGAUGGACUCCCAGCAGGUGCGAGAUGCGUGCCAGGUGUGUGGAGGGAACAAUAGCACGUGCAGCCCCCGCAACGGCUCUUUCACGGCCGGAAGGGCCAGAGAAUACGUCACGUUCUUGACAGUUACCCGCAACCUGACCAGCAUAUACAUCACCAACCGGAGACCUCUCUUCACACACUUGGCGGUGCGGAUCCGAGGGCGCUACGUCGUGGCCGGGAACUCGACCAUCUCUCCCAGCACCACCUACCCCUCCCUCCUGGAGGACAGCCGGGUCGAGUACAGAGUGAGCCUCACGAAGGACCGGCUGCCUCACCUGGAGGAGGUCCGCAUCCAGGGACCCACCCAGGAAGACAUGGAGAUCCAGGUUUACAGGCGCUACGGGGAGGAGUAUGGUGACCUCGUGCACCCAGACAUCACCUUCACCUACUUCCAGCCGAAGCAGCCACAGGUCUGGGCAUGGGCCGCCACGCGGGGCUCCUGCUCGGUGAGCUGUGGGACAGGGCGGCGCUGGGUGACCUACGGCUGUCUGGACCAGGCCAGGAAUGAGUGGGUGGAGGCCGCCCGGUGCGAAGGGAGCCAGCGGCCGGCAGCGUGGCCAGAGUCCUGCGCCCUCAGGCCCUGCCCCCCACAACACCAGGUGUCAGACGCGUGCUCGUCAGCGUGUGCAGGAGACCUGGCUCUGCAGAAUGGGACGUGUGGGCUCGGGGCAGGUGGCCCGGAGGCGCAGGCCGCAGCCAGGCCCUGCUCCACAGACGAGAAGCCGCCCACCCUCGGGCCGUGUGUGGCUGCGACAUGUCCUCCGCCACAGGGCCCCCCAGACCCCCAGUCUCCGGGGGAGGAGCCCACACCCACUACGGGCCGUGCCAGGCCGGGGGCCCAAGCCGCACACGUGUGGACUCCCGUGGCGGGGCCGUGCUCUGUCUCCUGCAGUCGAGGCCUGAAGGAGCUGCAUUUCGUGUGCGUGGACUCUGUCCUGGGGACCCCUGUCCGGGAAGAGCUGUGUGAUCUGGGAAGCAAGCCUGGGAGCCGACAGGAGGUCUGCCAGGCUGCCCCAUGCCCGGCUUGGUGGGAGACCCGAGCCCUGGCGCCGUGCCCGGUGACGUGCGGAGGGGGGCGGCUGCCAUUGGCUGUUCGCUGCGUGAGGCUGGACCGUGGCCGCCUAGUCCCCCUGCCUCACUCCAAAUGCUGGCCGCUGCCCAGGCCCCGCCCCGUCGAGGUCUGCAGUCCGGAGCCCUGCCCUGCCAGGUGGCGGUACAGGCUGGCAGCCUGCAGCGUGAGCUGUGGAGGAGGGGUUGUGCGGAGGAUCCCGUAUUGCGCACGGGCCCACGGGGAGGACCAGGACGAGGAGAUCUUGCCGGAUACCCAGUGCCAGGGGCUGCCUCGCCCGGAGCAGCAGGAGACGUGCAAUCCGGAGCCCUGCCCGCCCAGGUGGAAAAUCGUGUCCCUUGGCCCGUGCUCAGCCAGCUGUGGCCUUGGCACUGCCACGCGCUCCGUGGUCUGCGUGCAGUUCAACCAAGGCCAGGACCUCGAGGUGGACGGGGCAGCCUGUGCGGCUUUGGUGCGGCCACAGACCAGCAUUCCCUGCGUCACUGCCGACUGCACCUACCGGUGGCAUGUCAGCACCUGGACAGAGUGCUCUGUCUCCUGUGGGGAUGGCACCCAGCGCCGGCAUGACACCUGCCUUGGACCCUGGGCCCAGGCGCCGGUGCCAGCCAGCUUCUGCCAGCACUUGCCCAAGCCAGCCACGGUGCGUGGCUGCUGGGCCGGGCCCUGUGCUGGGCAGGGGACCCCCAGCCCUGCGCCCCACGAGGAAGUCACUGCUGGUGCUUCUCCGGAGCAGCCCCAGCCCCAGGCCCACCUCCCCUCCCCAGCGCCCCCGCUUCAGGGGCUUCUACCUGGGCCCCAGGAAAGCACCGCUGAGUCCAGCAUCUGUGGCCAGCAGCUCCUUGAGCCAACGGGAACCAUUGACAUGCGAGGCGCAGGGCAGGCUGACUGUGCAGUGGCCAUCGGGCGGCCCCUGGGUGAGGUGGUGACCCUUCAAGUCCUCGAGAGUUCCCUCAACUGCAGUGCUGGGGACAUGUUGCUGCUUUGGGGCAGGCUCACAUGGAGGAAGAUGUGCGGGAAACUGGCGGGCAUGACUUUCAGCCCCAAAACCAACACACUUGUGGUGAGGCAGCGCCGCGUGCGGCUGGAAGGUGGCGUUUCACUGCGGUACUGGAGCCAGCCUGCCCUGGGGACCUCCCACAGAGAGUGUGACACGCAGCUCUUUGGACCCUGGGGUGAAAUCGUGAGCCCCUCGAUGAGUCCAGAUGGGAGGAACCUGGGGGGCUGCCGCAUCUUCAUCAAUGUGGCUCCAUGGGCCCGGAUUGCCAUCCAUGCCCUGGCCACCAGCAUGGGCACAGGAACUGAUGCCAGCUACAUCUUGAUCCGGGACAUCCACAGCCUGAAGAGGAUGACAUUCCGUGGGCAGCAGGCACUCUACUGGGAGUCCGAGGGAAGCCAGGCUGAGAUGGAGUUUAGCCAGGGCUUCAUGGAGGCGGGCGCGAGCCUGAGGGGCCUGUACUGGACCCUCCGAUCUAGAGUGCAGGAGCCUGGCUGGGCCGUACCCUAGCUUCCUCUCCAAGCACAAACCUCCAGUGACCUGUGCGCACAGUGGGAUGCCUCUUCCAGGUCCUGGAAGGGAAAGGAAGGAAUUUGACAUUCAUGAGCACCUGUUAGGCGCCUGGCGAGCCCCAGAGGGUUGAUUCUGGUCUCUAAGUGCUUUCCAAUUUGAAUUCCGUCCAAUCACAAGUAUCUCCUUUAGGGCCUCCUCCAACAUGCAAAAGGCUAGGCAGUGGGAGGCAGGUUCUGAACUUUCUCGAAAGGCAGUCUCCAGUCCCCCCGUACCAAUAAACGGAAUGUGCAGGC